AUGGGCAUAGUCUGCACUACUUUUGUCAAGGAAGUCAUGUACAGGCUUCUAGUUAUCGGGCUCGACAAUGCAGGAAAAACCUCUGUUCUCUGCCACCUAGCGAAUGUAGCCGCGACCAACAGGAGCAUCGUGAAGAGCGUGGGAACCGCGCCUACAGUUGGUACCCAAAUGGUCGAAUUCCACAGACGGAACGUCGGCUGGGUAGCUUGGGAUAUGUCGGGUCAAGGGCGAUAUCGCGACCUUUGGGUUUCUCACGCAUCGCAUGUUCACGGCGUGAUCUUCGUCGUCGAUGUCACGGACCGCGCGAGAAUUGCAGUGGCUAGGGAGGAGCUUCACGGAAUACUGACGUCAAGAGCUUUUCGACAGGGAAACACACCGGUCGCGAUCUUGGCGAACAAAUACGACGUCAUUACGGGGGCACCGGCCGGCGGUGUCAAUAAUAGUGGUCGUGAUGGCUGCCUUUCUCUAGAGAACGUGUGCAUUGCACUUGCGGUUGACACGCUUCAGGUGCACCGCCCCACCCGCGCCUUCGCCACGAGCGCUUUGACAGGGGAAGGGAUCGAGGAGGCCAUGGAUUGGUUGACCGUGCAUGCCACAAACAGAUAA